AUGAUCAGACAACAAUCAAUUAUCUCAGGAGAAUACUUAGUCUUUGAUACUAUUAAUCUAAUUAAAAAAGGUUAAUAUAGACAAUGCAUACAAAAAAUUAAUAGAUUAAUCUUUCAUCCUUAAUAACUUAGAGGAUAACCAUAAUGUUUGUAAUUAUAAAUUUAGCUCUGUAGAAGACUAUUAUAUUGUUGUAAUCAAAUUUUAAAGAAGUAAAAUAUCAUCAUAAUAACAUUUUUAGAUAUUUCUAAAAAUUUACAGAAAAAUCUCAUAAAAUUCAAUCGUUACUUAAUCGUACAAUUGAAUUAAGUCUAUUUUAUAUUGAUUACUUAGAAAUCUAUGCUAAAGAAAAUAAUCAAACUGAUACUUCACCAGUUGCAUCUCCAUCACCUACUAUUAAAAAGAAAUAACUCUAUAAAGAAAUCUAUACAGAAUAAAUUAGUUUAGCCCUUAAAAUGGAAAUGUUCUUUUCACAAGAAAUUGUGAAUAAUUAUGUUCCAAAAUCACAUAUUUGGUUUCAUUCCUAAAGCUAAAAUUGCUAUUUUUUAUUAAUGGAAACUCUAUUCAAUACUUAUCGCUUUCACAAAUAUAAUAGAACUCCUUAUGCUACAAUAUUUCUUAAUUUAAUUGAUUAGAUCAUAAAUAAUGUAACAAUACAUAGUAUCAAACAAUCAUUAUUUCAAGGUUAAUUACAAACAUUAAUAGGUAAUUCCUAUUUUGAAUUAUGUAUAUUUUUACAUUUUAUUUAGAUGAAUAUAAUAAGGCAGAUUAAUAUUACAUCAAGUCAAUUGAAUAUACUAUGGAAGCUGUUAAUACUAUCUUGAGUGAUAUUCAAAAAUUAAAAAUCAAUAUUGAUCUUAAAAUGAUUAAAGAACAUUUAGCUAAAUUAAUCAGUUAGAUUUUAAUCAAUUUUUAAUUACAAUCCUUUGCUAAUUAAUAAAUGGAAAAGUAGUAAAUGACUUUUAAUCUAGUUAUAAUCGUUGUUUAGAAAUUAUUUCAAUCGCUGUUUAUUUCAAUAAAAUUUUAGAAUACUUCAAAAUUUCUUAAGAAGUUUCUUUAAAAUUUUAAGCAAGGAGUACAGAAAUUAAAGAAAAUUAUUAGGAUCAUAUUAAUGAAAUGAAUGAAAUUUGUAGAUUACUUUCUAAUUUAUUUCAAAUAUCUUUAAAAGAAAAGUUAAAAAAUAAUAAAUCUUCUAUAAAUCUUUAAUAAUUAAAUUAAGUUUAAUAAUAUGAACACAAAAUCUUUGAAAAAUAUUAAUAUGCACAAAAUAAUCAAACUUUUUUAAUUAAAAAUCGAGAAGUUCCCCGAUAAUUUACUUUACAUAAUAUAUAAAAGCAAUAAUAAUAAUAAACUUAAUAUUUUAUGAAAAAUUAAUAAUCAAUAAAAAUUAAUAAACUAAAACAGAACAAUUCUUAACAUUCAAUAGAAUAACCUUCUACUAAUUAUAAUGAUAGUUAAUUGUAAUUAUCUAAUAAUAAAAAUGAUUAAAGUCAUUUAACUUAAAUUGAAACUUCACAUGCUUCAUCAACAAAAACACAAUUAAUUAAAACUUUAAAAUUGAAUUCUAAUCAUAGAUAAAGUUUUUUAAGUGAAUUGAUUUAUCUAAGAAAUUCAGGAUCAAAAUCAGAUGAAAAAGAUAAAUAUGUUGAAAAUGAAAUUGAGAAAAACUUUAGAAAAUAGAAAGAACUAUUAUUUAAAAUCAGCAAUAAAAGUUAUUUUAUAAUAAUAUAAUUAGAUGCUUAUUAACCAUUAGAUUAAGUAGUUUAAUCGUAUAUCAAUUAAAAUCUUGUGAGCUAUUAAUAAUGUUAAUCUUUAGAUGAAGUUAAAUAGAAUGCUAAAUAAAUAUGUUAAGCAGAAGCUGAAAUUCAUAAAGAAGUACCUAUUACCAAAAGUUUAUUACAAGCCAGAAAAAUGACUUGUCCUUAAGGAGUUGUUAUUUAAGAUAAAUAAGCUGAAAAUGAAUUCAAUAAAUUACUUGAAUUUAAUGUUAUUGAAUAUUUUGAUUUUGUUUAAACCAAUAAUAAUUUAGCAAUGACAAAUUUAAAAGCUUAAUAAGAAAAUAAAUAAGUUCAUAUUGCUUAAUAAAAGUUAUUUUCUGAUAAUUUUAUUCCUAAGAAAAAAUUAAGUUUUAUUGAUUAAGAAGAAAUUAAAUAAAUUGAAGAAGCAUAAUAAAUAGCAGAAUAAGCAGAAAAUCUUUUAAAAAAAACGUAUGAUAAAAGAAAAUCUAGUUAGAAAUAAUCUAGAAUAUCUCUUUUAAAUUUAAUGCAAGAUAAAACAUAUAAAUCUAAAUAAGAUACUAUAAUACCUAUGUCUUAUGAAUAAUCUUUAGAUUAAGCUCGUAAUUCUAUUAAAAAAGUGUUAUCUUUAAAUGAAAAAUAAAAAUAAGAAUUUGAAAUAGAAGAUAUAGAGUUAAGAGAAGUAAAAUUAAAUCUUAUUAUUUUAUAAGGCUGAAUUACCUUACAAAUUUAAGAGAUCUUUAUCUGGAAGUUAUAAAAAGAAAUAAGAAUUUAAGAGUAUUUUAAUAAAGAAAGAGUUUGGUCAUUUAUUUUCAUCAACAAAAAAUAUUAGAGAGAAAGAUUUUCGUUAAUAAAAUAAUACAGAAACAAAGAUAAGAGGCAUCUCUUUAGAUAAAAUUAAAUGA